UUCUUUAAAAUUAAAAUAAAGAUCCAAAUACAUUUUUCAGCUAUACUGAUCCUAAUUAUCUCACUGUCCUAUUGUCCGACUGCUCAACUGUCCCAUUACUCAAUUGUCACAACUACUUUUUGCUUAAGGGUAUCGUAUCCUGGGAAAUCUUCUGACGGAUCCUACAUCCGAACCGAAAAUUUCUGCAUGUCCGACCUUUUUUCGGAUCCGGAUCUUCGGAUACGUCAACCUUAUUCUCGAGUCAGACCAAAACAUGCUGUAAUAGAAUAUUCACAAAAGACGUCUACCUUCUGGCUUCGUCAAUUAAUUCCGUCCUUUAACGAAGAACAAGGAGAACAUAAAAGAACCUCACCGGAAAAUGAAAAUAAAAUAGAAGAGGCUGUAAAUGGUGAAAAAAUCCUUUAUGAUGGUUCUUUAAUUGAAUUAAGACCUCUAGACAAACUUCGUUUUGGAAAUGGGCCUGAAUCUGUUGAAUUUACUUUUACAAUGCCAAAAAUAAACGAUAAGGGAGGAGAAAAGAGGCAGAAAUGCAAACGUUCUAGUAGCAGCAUUGGCUAUUCUUCUGUAAAGAAAAAAACUUCGUCAGAACACAGCCAAUUCUCAUUGCCAAUUGUUGGGAAACAUAUUCAACCAAAACCGUAUGUCGAUAGAUUUGCUCGUCCCGUUCAAAGUAACGUUAGGCUAUGUCAACUACAACAGCAACAAAAUUUAAAUAAAAACAAACAAAUACAAAAUGGGGUAAUAAAAUAUUUAAUAAACAUUUUUGAAAAGUAUUUACGGCACAAUUCAGUUCCGACCCUAUAA